GCCCCUUCUCUCAUGACGCUCCUUUCCUCUUUCUCUCUCUUCUUUUUUAACCCCGCUCUCUCUCUCUCUCCCCCACCCUUUUUCCUCUCAGAUUUAAUAUUUCCCUUUUUAGGAAAAACUUUAAUUCCCAUGUCACCUUCUCCUCUGAUCUGAAACAAUCCGCAGAAUUCCCAUCGGAUGGCCCGCGUCUCUGAAAUUAAAACCUUGGCAGCAGAUUUAAUGUGCUAAAAAGGAGCAGCCUUGGCUGUCAAAAUCCCAACUUUGCUGCAAAGUUUCAAUCUUUAAUUGAUUUUGCUGUUUUUGUUAAUAGAUGGGUUGUUUCCCAUGUUUUGGAUCAUCAUCAGAUAAGGAGAAGGAAGAAGGGAAGAAGGGUGAUCUGAAAGAUUUGAAGAAGGAUAAUUCUUCUACUCAUCAUGUGACUAGAGUUAGUUCAGACAAAUCAAAGUCACGUUCUGGUUCUGACUCUAAGAAGGAUGCAGCGGUCAUAAAAGAUGGGAACUCUGCACAUAUUGCUGCACAAACGUUUACUUUUCGUGAACUUGCUGCUGCUACUAAAAACUUUAGACCAGAAUGUCUUCUUGGUGAAGGGGGUUUUGGUCGUGUGUAUAAAGGUCGCUUAGAAAAUACGGGGCAGGUUGUUGCUGUGAAGCAACUUGAUAGGAACGGUCUUCAAGGAAACAGAGAAUUCCUUGUGGAGGUCCUUAUGCUCAGUCUAUUACAUCACCCCAAUCUAGUCAAUUUGAUUGGUUAUUGUGCUGACGGAGAUCAACGCCUUCUUGUGUAUGAGUUCAUGCCAUUAGGAUCCUUGGAGGAUCACCUUCAUGACAUUCCACCUGAAAAGAAACCACUUGAUUGGAAUACUCGGAUGAAGAUUGCAGCUGGUGCAGCUAAAGGCUUGGAAUACCUUCACGAUAAGGCAAACCCUCCAGUUAUUUACAGAGAUUUCAAAUCAUCAAACAUUUUACUUGAUGAAGAAUUUCACCCGAAGCUUUCUGAUUUUGGACUUGCAAAGCUUGGCCCUGUUGGUGACAAGACUCAUGUCUCCACUCGUGUGAUGGGGACUUAUGGCUAUUGUGCUCCUGAGUAUGCUAUGACUGGCCAACUUACACUCAAAUCUGAUGUUUAUAGUUUUGGUGUGGUCUUUCUUGAGUUGAUUACCGGGCGCAAAGCAAUUGAUAAUACCCGGGCUGCUGGAGAGCAGAAUCUCGUGGCAUGGGCUCGUCCUCUAUUCAAGGAUCGGAGAAAAUUUGCAAAAAUGGCAGACCCACUAUUGCGAGGCCAUUAUCCAAUGAGGGGCUUAUACCAAGCUUUAGCCGUAGCGGCAAUGUGUCUACAAGAACAAGCAACUACUCGCCCUCUAAUAGGUGACGUUGUCACUGCUCUCUCUUAUUUAGCUUCACAAACAUACGAUCCAAAUGCGGUUAAUAGUAGCAGAAGCCGUCCAUCCACUCCAAGAUUAAGAGAGGACCGAAAGGCCCAUUUACCACACACGAACUCUCCGGACAUUAGACAGAAAGACCCGUUCAAAGGAAUGAACCUUGGUGCAGAAGUUGGUAGAGGAGAUUCUGGUGGAGACUCGGGAAGGAAGUGGGAUUUUGAUGAAUCAGACGCAAUAAGCUCUUAUCAAGAUAGUCCAGUUCAUGGAGGGAAAAGCAAGAGAAGCAUGGGGCAGGAUCAUGCACGUGCACGUGCAGUUGCCGAGGCUAGGGUUUGGGGUGAGAACUGGAGGGAGAGAAAGAGAAGUGAGUUUGGUAGCUUUGAUGGUGCAAAUGAGUAAGUUUUGAAGAGUUUUCGAGCAUAAUUUCUCAUUAUGUUACAUUUUCUCGGUGUCCAUGAUUGUUUAUCAGGAUUCUUGAGUUGGGUAUGUUCUAGAGUUCAGGUCUCAAGUUUCUUGAAAUGAGUUUCUUGCAAUUUGGGUGGGAUGUUGUAGUAUUGCAUUUUCGAAUGGGUGUAGAUAUAGCCCAUUGAUAUUCAGUGCAAUAGGUUGUGCAUCCUUAAGAGGUAUGUGAAUCUUGAGUACAAGAAAAAGAGGGGGGAGGGGGAGGGGGAGGGGAGUUGUGUUAUAGUUUUAGUAUAUAUGAUAUUUCCUGGUGUUUAUGCUUUUAAACUGUUGGAUUCAGUCAAUGAAUGAAUUUUCUGUUUUGUAAUCUAAAAUGUUCUUUGUCAAUAAGUCGCCUUGUAGAUUGUGAUACCGCGACGAAAAUUUUUUGGUUAGUAAAGAUUGAUAAUUGGGUUUUCUGUAA